AUACGUGCAUGGCCGCGUGCGGCCUUGACUCGGACGGGCGCGGCGUGCGGGGCCACACACGCCGCGUCACGGGAGUCAAUCAGGGGCCGGCGUGACUGUACCAGUCACGUGCAUUGCUACAUUGCAGGACGUGUACGUGCCAGCAAAUGCCGUGCAGGCUGCUGGUUGCAUCACGUCACGUGUCACAAUCAGCUGGGUCGAGGUGCCAGUUAGCCGCCAGCCGCCCGCCGCACGUGCACGUGCAGGGCCAGGGCUGGCCGUGGGAUGGGCCGCCCCGGGGCCACACAAACCCCUCAUUAGCCUUAUAAUAAACAAGCUGCCUUCAUUUAUACACCCACUGAUGGGGUGCGAGUGGGUGGAGCCGAGUACUGGCGUGGGGCAGGGCGGUGCGUUAGGCGCGGGGAGGGCGUGCGGGGCGCUGGCCAGCCCCGAAGGGAGCGGCGAGCUGUUUUUUAUAGUGCUGCCUCGUCAGUGGGCACAGCUGGGGCACACUUGGGUGGCCAAGGGGCAGCAGGGCAGCAGGGCGCUGGUUGAGGCGUAUAGUGAGCGGUGGCAGUCGUGCCAUGGUUCCAGUAAUGUUGGCCCGGCCGGUUAGUACCACCUGAACCGUGUCUCAGGAGGGGCGCCGCUUUAUCCUGUCUCUCCUCACUGGUUAUUUAGCAACCCUUCUCGCCUGCCGUCAUGGGGGCCACGUAAAUCAGGCUGCCCGAGGACUCGACAGGUUGCGUAAUUGAGCCAUCUCAGGUACCUCGGCCGCAAACAAAAGAGCAUCAGUGACGGUGUUUUAAAGCCGUUCACAGACUAAUCCCGAGACCCAAAAUAAGUGUCCAAAACGAUUAUUUCUACCUGAACUCCAAAGACUAAUUGCCAUCCACCUGUCUAUUGAAAAUCCCGAGAAAUUGCGGCAGAAAAUUGGAUUGUUUACCUGGACCUCUAACUCCCCCGGUGAGCGCCAAGGUGUUCGCAAAGGUGACGGCUGUGCCCUUGUGUGUGUGUAAGGGGAAGGAUGGCUGACUUCGCCUCGGAUAACUCGACCAACGACACGAGCAACCACCAAUUCCCUUCCACCUGCACCACCACCACCUCUCCCUGCUCCUCCUCCCACCACUCCCCCUCAAUGGCCGAGAAGCUCCUGGCCCUGGUGGUGCGGGAGGCCCACUGCCAGGCCGACACCAAGUCCAAGACCGGCAAGGGCACCGGCUAUCUCAGGAGGGCGAAGACGGAGGUCCUACAAGACAUCUUCAAUAAG